AAUAGUCUUUUUCCCUGGAGUAAGACAACAAGAACAAGUUCCGUUUUGUUACAAUUUGCGCCUUGGUCAGCUGUGCCUUUGCCGGUACCCUGCCCGAUGAAUUGGAUGGCCGUAUUGUGAAUGGUGUUGACACCACCAUUGAGAAGCAUCCCUAUCAGGUUUCUUUGCAAACCACCUCCGGCAGCCAUUUCUGUGGCGGUUCCAUCAUCAGUGAAGACAUCAUCGUUACCGCUGCUCACUGCAUGCAAUCGUAUGCGGCCUCUCAAAUUAGAGUACGUCUCGGUUCGAACCAAUACAAUAGCGGCGGUGAAUUGGUUGCUGUCAAGACAUUCCGCUACCAUGAGGGUUACAACUCCAAGACCAUGGUGAAUGACAUUGCUGUCAUCAAAUUGGCCACUCCCGUUAGAGAGAGCUCCAAGAUUCGUUAUGUCGCCAUGGCUGAAAAGACGCCACCGACUGGCACUCCUGCUGUUGUCACUGGCUGGGGCACCAAGUGCUAUUUGACCUGUAUUAUCUUGCCCAAGACCCUGCAAGAAGUCGAGGUUGAUAUUGUCGAUGAGAAGGCAUGUGCUUCCAGUGAAUAUAAGUAUGGUUCGCAAAUCAAGGAGACCAUGGUCUGUGCCUAUGCCGUUGACAAGGAUGCCUGUCAGGGUGACUCCGGUGGUCCAUUGGUUUCUGGCGACAAAUUGGUUGGUGUUGUCUCCUGGGGUAUGGGUUGUGCCCGUGCUGGUUAUCCCGGUGUCUAUGCUGAUGUUCCAUCUCUGCGCAGCUGGGUUGUUAAAACCGCAAAGGAAUUGUAAAUGUCCUUGGAAAUUUUUGCCUUUUUUUGGAAAAGAGAAUUUAAUCUCUUUAGUUAAAAAAUAUAUAUAUUUCAAAAAUAAAGCAUGGUGAAAUUAAAAAGGUAAAGUCAUCUCAAAUAAGACUA